AUGGACUCGCUCUGCGCUGCGGCGCCGCCGUCGCGCGUGGUGGUGCGGCCGUCACAGGCGCGCGGCACGAGUGCCGCUGCUGCGGGACGCAGCUCGCCGAGCAAGCCUCGCAGCAGCAGCGCGAUUGAGCGGGCCCCAUCGCCCGCCAAGACGGCACGCCGUAUCGUGCGCAGGGACGUCGAUGCAUGCGGCAGUGCCGACGGCGCACGCAUUGGCGACAGCACGACGGCAGCACCUCCCACCUCUCGCGCCGCACGCUCCGCCAUUGCGCGCCGCAGCCUCGAGGCGGGCGACGGGCUGCUCCUCGAUGCCGCAGCUGCCCGUGCUGCCGCUGACCCCCGCAAGGAGGCAUUGCGCAACUCGGUGCUGCAAGACCAGACGCACGCGCCGCCGAGUGGUGCGGAGCUGGAUGCCGCGGCCGCGAGCAGGGCCAGGCGUGUGGCGCGGGAGAGAGGCACGGAGCGAGCUAGACGCGCUUCACCGCCGAGAGCUGCUUCGCCAGUGCGAGACAGUGUCGCAGCACAGGCUCGCUGCAACACGUCGCCGUUCAAAGUGGCCAUGUCGUCGCGCUGCGUGGAGAGCAGCAGUAGCAGUAGCAGCCGAACACGUAUCGAGGCGACUCGAACAGCUGCACCAGCAACACGGCCAGCCACGCUGCCGACGUCUCUGCGCUCUCUUGCGGCUGCUCGGGCUCCGGCAACGAUGGCCGAGCGCACGACUCGCCCGGUGCCGCUCGAGGCCACGACUGCGCGGCGAGAGCGCGAGGUGGCGCUUUCAAGUGCGGCGCCAAGCAGUAGUCGUGCGCCGGCAUCACGGGAGCACUUGAGCUCACCGGUGCGUCCUCGCAGCGGUGCUGUCGUCGUUGCUCGGCAGCGCGAGACGAGCGAGGCCGGGACUGCGACACGACCUUCGGCUAGACGAGUGCCUGUGUUGCCGGGCACCAGCAGCAGUGCAGCUCCUCCAUCCAUCUCUCGAGCUCCGGCGGGGACGCCUCCACGCGCCACCCUGCCGCGCCCGGCGCACGCCACGGCAUGGCGAGCUUCGCCGGGCCGUGCUCAACGCGGCGUGUUUGUGCACGAGGCAGAGAGCGAGAGCGCCAGUGCCAGCGCCAGUGUCAGUGUCUCCGAGUCAGACGACGAGCUAGCCGACUGCUCGCCCUGCAAGACCAUGCCGCCGGCAUCACGCAGCAGCAAUGCAACGCGACCUCGCGUCCAGCGCUCGCCGGCGUCGUACCCGGCUCGUUCGUCAGCCUCUUCCUCCUCCUCAACCUCGCCUACCUCUUCGCCGCCGCACCAGACAGCCGCUGCCGCUGCACCGACGCUCUCGCCAGAGACGAGCAGUGCACUGGCCUCCCUCGAGGCAUCGCUUGCGCGCCUGGCACUGCCGAAGCAUGCCCGUCGACGCACUAUUGGGUCAAGUGCAGCGCUAUUGCAGCCCCACAUCGCCGACGUCGAUCCGGCAGCUGCGCCGCUGAGUCGGCAGCACGUCUCCUCGAGCCAGGUUCUCUCCUCGCCCGCACGUCGCACCCUCGACUCGCCCACACGCCGCACACUCGAGUCUCCGACGUGCAGCGAGCGGCUAGCCGUCGGAAGCAGCGCCGGCGGCGGUGUUGGUGUGGGCCGCGUGCGUCCCGGCGGCUCGCUCUUCGCGCUCGCCAAGGCGGAGCCGGCCGCGCCGGUUGAUGCAGCUGCGGCAGCAGAGACCGCGGAGGCUCAGCGAGAGGCACGCCGUGCAGCACGCAAGCUGGCGCAGCGGGAGAUGCAGCGCGAGGCAGACGAUGCAGCACAGGCGGCGAUCGCGCGAGCUAGAGCUGCAGAAGCAAGAGAGGCACAACGAGAAGCCGAGGAGGAGGAGCAGAUGCAGCAGCAACGAGCCUUGCGACGACAAGAAGGCGCUCAACAAGCUCAACAGGCGCAGGCACAAACGCAAGCCAUGCGUGUUGUCGAGGCGCAGAAGGAGAGACGCAGAGUGGCGCGCCAGGAAGCAGCGGCGAAGCUGGCGCGGGAGGCGAUGCAGAGGGCCGCAGACGAGGAAGAGGCGGCUGCGCAAGCUGAAGCUGAUGCGCAAGUGCAGGCCGAGGCGCAGCGCCGCAUCGACGACGACGAGCGCGCUGCAGCUGCGGAGCGGGCGCAGGCAAAGGCGAGCCGCCUCGCCGCGCGACUGGCAGCAAUCAGGCUCGAACGGCCAGGCGUAGGCGACGAGAAGAGCGGCACCGGCGCCGGCGAACGGCGACACACCCGUCGGCAGAGCUUGCAGCUGGUGCAGUCGAGUGCUGCGACGCCGGCGCCGGGUCGCGGGGAGAUCGGGGAUGACGGCAGCCUGGAGCAGAAGGUGGCCAACAAGGAGGAGGCACGAGCUGCAAGUCCACCGCCUGCGACAACAGGCGUCACCGCACGAGUGCAGCGUCGACGCAGCAUGUACACCUACGUGCCGACGCAGCGCGUCGCCGCCACCGACGGCGCAGGCGACGCCAGCACUCGCAGCCUCGCCACUGCUUCCUCCGCUAGCUCCGAGCGCUUCCUGCGCGGUGUCGUCGUGCUCGUCGACGUGCGCGAUCAGGAUGGCUCGGACGCAUCAGCACGGUGGAUCGAGCAACUGCGCGCUGCCGGUGCUCGAGUCUCCUCGCGCGCGCCGGCAGCCGGGAGCGACGCAGCGGCGCGACUGACGCACAUUGUCUUCAAGAGUGGCCGACCUGCUACGCUGCACGCCUUCCGUGCGCUGCCGAACGACGCGAGGCCCGCACUCGUGGGCGUCAAUUGGAUUCGGCAGUGUCUAGAGGAGCGGAGACGCGUGGAUGAGGCGCCGUUCCUGGUGGAGCUGGGGAAGCAGGCUGUCUUCCAGAAGCGGCGCACAUCCAUGGCUCCACGUCUGGCUCCUGGUCUCGACUGCGCCAGUCCUUUUGGUUCUGACGCCUCACGUCUGCGCUUCGCAGUCCGCGGCACCAUUGCGAAGGAGGUCGAGGCGGCGCGCAAGCGCGAGCUCGUGCACCGGCCUGCCGUGCCUAGCCCACUUGCGGGCAGCGCAUGGCGCCCCGAUGUCUCGACGGACGGCAGCGAGGCGGCGCUGUGA